AUGUUGAAUAGCCUUCAAUUUGCGGCCAAGCUUCAUGAACUCUGGAUCGGCUCUUCUGUGGCUUACAUGGUAUCUCAUCUCAUUGUAUUCAUGCUCGCUGAGGCCAAAGAUAUACCCUUUGGGCUACUAGGUGCUGGUCUUUGGAUUGGAAACCUUAAAUUCUUCACCCGCAGGUCAUUUUGGUCAUCGUUUGAGUGUUCCCACGGACGGAAAUUGAGCAUCUAUCUCUUUGCCCUGUUCGUGGUGUUCUGUUCCAUCCUUACAGCUCUUGCUGGACCAUCCUCUGCUAUUGCUAUGUGUACCAAUCUCGAUUGGUGGCAAAUGACCAAUAACACGCUGGUAUUUCGCUUCCCAACCAAAUUCGAGCUAUGGCAAAUAAAUCUUUUAGAACCACUGGCUCCACCGCUCUCGAUGGUCAAUUGUUCCAAUUACGUAGACUCAUCUGCCAAUUUCGUAUGUCCGGCCAGUGGAACGCAAGAUAUCAACACUUGGCUAAACAGUCAAGACUUUAAUGUUCUAAAAGGAAAAGCAGCGAACAUGACUUUUUAUAACACAUACACAAACACGCACAAUCCCUUUACCUCGGCUGGAACUGAUUCGGGUCACUCUUCCACAACUUCAUUAUCAGUUGUGCCUCAGCUCGCCGUGGGCGCGGUAUGGAAUGACCUAAAAUUGGCGGCAGCCUAUGAGUCUUUCAUCUCACAACCCAAGUUCUUGUCUCAUUCCACCACUACCCUAAAGCAGCCGAUUGUUCAGGUCAAAUGCAAUAUCUAUGCUCAGAGUAAUCUUAAAAGCGCUGGUAACGAUACAGCAGAUGCUCCAUUAUUUUCUCUCUUACAUGGAAUCAUGAAGAAUACAUAG